CAUUUACAGUUUUUGUACUUCUGGACUCACCUUUAUUAUAUAUAGAAGUGUAGAAAGAUUUAUUGAAUCGCGUCUCGAGAAAAUUAUUUCUCAAAUAAAAAAAAUUUAGAUAUUAGUUUCAAUUAAUUUUUAAUAGACUUUUUUUUCUACAAAAAAACUAUAGAAUCAUGGAAGAAUUAUCGAAGCAUUUAAAGAAAAUUAAAGUACCUGAAGGAUCCGAUAAAGUUUAUAAAGAUGAGUGUGUUUAUUCUUUUGACACUCCAGAAAGUCCUACUGGUUUAUAUAUUAGUCUUUCAUCAUUUUUUGGACUAAGUCAGAAGCAUGUUGAAUGUUACUUUAGGGAAACGGGAAAUGCUGUUUUUCUUCAUAUCUUGAAGACAAAAAAGGAGAUUCCAAAUGAAAAUAUGGAUGGACCGGAAAAGAAAAUUACACGAUUAGCUAUUGGAACGCCUGGAGGAUUUAAUCCUGAUCAACAAAAAUACACUUACGAAGAACAUUACAAAAUUGUUGUAUUACCAAAUUUUACGGAAAUUUCUUAUCCUAAUGAGGAAUUGCCAAUGUUGGUACAAAUGUCGGUGAAAGCAAUUUUAGAAGCUCAAUCCGCAUUGAAAAUUGCCGAACAAGAAGCAUUGGCAGGAACUUGGGACGGAGAAGCUCGAGUUGUUUCAAAACACGCAGAGAAUUUAAAACAAUUAGACAAUGGAAUUAAAAUACCGCCAAGUGGUUGGAAAUGUGAAAAAUGUGAUCUCACACAAAAUCUUUGGCUAAAUUUAACUGACGGAAGUAUAUUGUGUGGACGUAAAUUUUUCGAUGGAAGUGGUGGCAAUGAUCAUGCUGUGGAACAUUAUCGUCAUUCGGGUUAUCCAUUGGCUGUUAAACUUGGAACAAUAACAAAAGAUGGAAAAGGUGAUGUCUAUUCAUAUGAUGAAGAUGACAUGGUCCUUGAUCCAAAGCUGAUUGAACAUUUAGCACAUUGGGGUGUGAAUAUAACGCAAAUGGAAAAAACAGAAAAAUCCAUGAUUGAAUUGGAAUUAGAUCUCAAUCAAAAAUUUGGCGAUUGGGUAACAUUACAGGAAUCAUCGACAAAAGUUUAUGGUCCCGGUCAUACGGGUCUUGUAAAUCUUGGAAAUUCAUGUUAUCUCAAUAGUGUUUUGCAAACAUUAUUUGUCAUUCCUGAUUUUAUCAAUCGAUACCAUAAUGAAGCGGACAAAAUUUUUACAAAUAGUGUUCACAAUCCACCAAAUGAUAUUAACGUCCAAAUGGCAAAAUUAUCAAUUGGAUUACUAUCGGGACAAUAUGCUCAACCUCCAAAGUCGGAUAACGAUGAAUCAAGUCAAGGAAUUUCACCGCGAAUGUUUAAGCAUUUAGUUGGGCGUGGACAUCAAGAAUUUUCAUCGAAUAGACAACAAGAUGCUCAAGAAUUUUUCCUUCAUUUGAUUAAUCUUUUAGAACAAAAUAAUCAUCAUUUAGAGAAUGCGGCAGAUUGUUUUAAAUUCAAAGUGGAGGAACGAUAUGAAUGUAAUAGCUCGAAAAAAGUUCAAUACACGUCUCGACCCGAAUAUCUUUUACCUUUACCAAUAGCUUUAGAUUGUGCAAUAAACAAGGAACAAGUUGACGCAUAUCUUGCUAAAAAGGACGAGGCGGAGAAAAAUAACCAAAAAUUAGAUUUUCACGAUAUUGUAAGACCAAGAAUAAAAUUGUCCUCAUGUUUGGAAGCUUUUGCAAAAAGUGAAAUUAUCGAACAAUUUUAUAGUACGGCCUUGAAGGAAAAAACGACCGCUGUAAAAACAACGAAAUUAGCAACAUUUCCCGAUUAUUUAUUGAUUCAUUUGAAAAAAUUCACGGCAAAGGAAGAUUGGACGCCAAUUAAAUUGGACGUUGAAGUUGAAAUGCCGGAUUUAUUAGAUUUAAGUUGGUUGGAGGGAAAGGGAUUACAGCCAAAUGAAGAAUUAUUACCAGAAGUCACUGAAUUGGAACAUCCACAACCGCAAUAUGAUCCGGCAAUUAUUGAUCAAUUAACGGAAAUGGGCUUUCCAUUGGAGGCAUGUAAAAGGGCUGUGUUUUUCACCGAAAAUGGUGGUUUUGAAGAAGCCACCAAUUGGCUAAUGACACACAUUGCCGAUGAUAAUUUUUCCGAACCAUUUGUACCACCUGGUAUUAUGAAAAAAAAUCAAAAUAGUUUUGUACCAAAUGAAGAGAGAUUGGUAGAAGUAAUGAGUAUGGGUUUCACUGAAGAAAAAGCGAUAAGAGCUUUAAAAGCAACAAAUAAUAAUAUGAAACAUGCGGUCGAUUGGUUAUUUAGUCAUUUGUCUGAUUCGGAUGAAACGCCAAUGGAAGUGGAUACAAACUCAAAGGAUGGAAACUUUAGAAACGGAAGUGGACGUUAUAAAUUAAUUGGUUUUAUUUCUCACAUGGGAACUUCUUCCAUGGUUGGACAUUACGUUUGCCAUUUAUUAAAAGAAAAAGGUUGGAUCUUAUUCAAUGACGAGAAGGUUGCAGUGUCUGAAAAUCCUCCUAAAGAUUUAGGAUACAUUUAUCUGUACGAACGACUUGAUUAACAAGAGCAUUAUAUAAGUUGCCAGUUUUUGUAUAAAUAAUUAUUAUAUUUACAAUUUAACAAUAAAGAAUUCAAUAAUUCUAACAA